CCGAGAUAGUCCACACGGGCAACGGAUAUGCGAAUGGAUUUCGAGUUACUUGGAGUAGAGCACGAUACUCUGCUUGGCGCCUUCGCCGACACCUCGGGCCUGUCAGCUCUGAGCGACACGUCUUCCUCCACAAUAACGCCCGAGAACCGACCCGACGCAUAUCCGAAGUCAAAGUAGAACUUACGGAAAAGAAGCAGGGCACCUCGGAAC